UACAGAAAUUAUAAUAGCUAAGAAUGUCUCUCCGUAAUCUGAUAUCAGAUGCCAAAUAUGCAAAGGAAUUGCAGAAGCAAUAUGUUAUUGGAGACUCUUUAGAAAUUUUUGCAAGGUAUGAAAAGGGCUUGAUCGAGUCAGCUAUUCCGAAUCGAGAGAAAUUGUAUUGUCCUUAUAAAAAAUGUGCGAAGUUGCUCAGCCAUGAUGAAAAAGAGAUUGUUAUUAAGGGCAAAUGUCCUUGGUGUGCAGGACUGUUGUGCGCGCGGUGCAGAGUACCUUGGCACACUGGGCGUGACUGCCAACAGUUUCAAAAGGAAGAAAAAGACAGAGAAGAUGACUUAAGGGUUAAGCUGCUUGCUGAAAAUCGGAAAUGGAAGAAUUGCCCUCAUUGCAAUUCUCUUGUUGAUAAAGUUGAUGAUGGCUGUGUACACAUCACUUGCAGGUGUAAAGAGGAAUUUUGCUACGCAUGUGGAGAAACUUGGAGUCAAAGGCAUUGGAAUUGUCAGACUCGUUAAUCAUUUAGGAACAUGAAGCUGGACAAUACUACUGCAAACAACAACAACAUAUCAAUGAAACCUCUUGUUAUAUUUAAAAUCUUGAAAAUAAGAAUUAAAGUGACUUAAUGAUAUAAAAGUUACUUAAUUAUGUCGUUAAUUUGAUGCGCCAUUCAAGUUGUAUUAUUAUUAUUAUAAUAAUAGUACGAACUUGAGCCUUGUUUAGCAGUCCCUUGCUGAGUUGUUGUUGUGCUUAAUAUGCUUGAAUUGGAGAUCAAGAAGCU